CAAGUCUUUAUAUUAUCUUCUCCACAAAGUUAAUCAACGGUCAAGCCUAUAGACUUGUCUUAACAUUGACCAACAAGAAUAUAUUUAAGUCACUACAAAUACUGUGAAGAGAUCCGUCCUUUCUUUUCUCUUUCCAUCAAAAAUAGAUCUCUCAGAAAGAAAACUAUUAAACUAAAACCAAAACACACUCAAUCACUGAUCUUGCCCACUCAAUUUUUUUCAUACAAGCAUACAAAAUGAGUCGAGAAACCUUGGCAGCUACUUCUAAUGAUGAAUGGAUUCAAUAUUACCACCAAAGCCUUUUGGAUGGUGAAGAGCCUAUAAGCCACAAUAAUAAUCAUGAUGUCCUUAGUGGUGUUAUGUCGUCCGAGAGCUUAGGGAGUCCCGGAAGCCCAUCACCAACGGCUAGUCAAGAUCCCCAGGUUAGUACUCCAUCGAAACCCGUCCGGCGACGAUCGAGGGCUUCGAAGAAAACUCCGACUACCCUUCUCAACGCCAAUGCCAACAACUUCCGAGCCUUGGUUCAACAAUUCACAGGCUGUCCUACUCCAAUUUCCUUUGCCAACCAAAAAGGCCCUCUUAACUUGAACUUCGGCCUCAAGAAUGCCACUCCCAUCAUUGAAAGGCCUUUUCAAAACUACAAUUAUCAAAACCAAUCUCAUCAUCAUCAGCCAAGUGUGCCACAAAAUUUGAUUCACCUUCAGCCACAUGUACAACAAUCUUGCUUUGAAGACAAUUAUUACAACCAAUUGAAUCAAGUAGACCAACUAUCUUACUCUUCUUUUAACAGCACUAUUAGUACUGUCACGAGUAAUGGUUUCUAUCCUUCAUCCUCAUCCUUGAACGCUACUACUAAUAUGGAGAUAUCCAAUGGCUUUGUCUUGGAGGAUGAGCUAUCUUAUGAUGACUUUAAUCAGAUUUUCAAUUGAUGAUCGGUAAAGUAGAGUAAUUAUCAUUUAAUCAUUCAUAUGAUUUACUAUCCUGUGCCAAAAAAAAAGAAAAAAAAAUAUAUAUAGGAAGAUCAAUUAGGAUUCAACUGCUCAAAUUCUAUAUAUUUAUGGUCACAGUUGUCAUGCGUUAAUCAAAUUUCUUGAGUUCCGUGUGUAUCAUGUGAUGUGCCCAUUGCAAGUUUAUUUAUUUGUUAAUAUUUCAUUACAAUAUUAUUAUUAAUUACUCAUUAUUGCCA